GCGGAUUCAAAACUUCCGGCAGAAAGUCGAUGCAGAAAGUAACAAAAAUAUGCAGUAUCUCUAAUCUUUUCACAAACUUCUCACAAAUGGACUUCAGUAGGUAAAUUUGAAAUGGUGGCUGUUUGCAACGCCGUCAAAAAUAGCCAACUUUAUUUGCUGUGGGAUUUACACCACGUAAAGAAAGAUCACAGAUACACAGAUGAUUCGAAAAAUGGUGAUUUGUUGAUGUUAAAAGAAAAACAGACAUCACCAUGAAUGCUUCCGUGCUGAAUGAUGAAAUCAGCAGGUUGCAGUCUGACAACAGGAUUUUGUCAGAGGACCUUCGUCAAUGUCAGAAUGACAAAGACUUUGUGUGGUCUUUGUGGAAAAAGUUACAAGUGGCUAACCCAGAUGUCACUCAGGCAAUCAGUCUGGUUGUUCAGAGAGAAAAAGAAAAGGCUGAAAUCAAGGACAGAAAAGUGCUUGAUGUUCUACAAUUGAAAGAUGACAAAAUAGAAGAGUUACAAACACUUCUGACACACAGAUCUCGGGAAUUAGGAGAGAUAGCAUCAUUGAGGAUAGACCAUCAGGGUGAAUUACAGAGGUUUCAGAGAGAGAUUGACCAGUUACGUGAUCAGAACGCAGCACUGGAGAUGCAGCUCCGAGCACGGGGUGUUGUGCUUACCCCUCCUCCACGAUUUUCGUGGAAGAUGAGAAGUGUGGAAGUCCGACAGAAAAGCUCCGGAGACUUACAUCGUAAUACUGUGGAGAGUCUGUCCCACGACAAAAGUGAUUUGGAACAGAAAUGUCGUAAGAUGUCAACAGAAAUUGAAGUGGUGCGUGCAGAGAAAGAAAGUAUAAUUGCCCAGAAAGUUGCACUGGAAAACAAAGUCAGACAACUGGAGCAUGACAUGAAUGAGAAGAUGGACAAAUUCGAGGGCAUAAUACGAGAGUUAGGAGAAGCAAGAAAAUUUCUGCAACAAUAUGAAGUAAAAACACGACAACUGACUAAGGAGACUGAAUUCAAAAACAAAGAGCUUGAAACAAUCAGGAAGGAGUUGUCCGAGUUAUGGAACAGCCACAAUCAGUUGACAGAACAUUCAAGUCAGCAAGCUGAAGUCAUCAGGCAACUUCAGAGUCUGCAACAGGACACUCAGAAAAUGUUGAAAAACCAAGAGGAUGCCUACAGUAUGGAGACCAAUUCAUUACAAGAUAUGUACAAAGACUUAACUAACAGAUACGAGGCUGCCAAGAAGACUCAAUCAGAGAUGAGACAAGAAAUCCACAAUGUCAGAAAGGAGUUGUUGGAGAAAGACUCUGUUAUUGCUUCUCUCCAGGGUAAGGUUGAUGGUUACCAUCGACGACAGAGGAGUCACAGUCCCGGAACAUCAGGAAGUUUUAUUGAUGACAGGCCAUCAGCUGAUCUGGAAAUCAAAGUCAGAGGAAUGCAAAGGGAGCUAAAUCUACUGAGGGAGGAACUAGAGGACAAGGAUCGACUAAUAGAGAGAUUGGAGGAGGAGAAUGAGAAAGUUAAUAUUGAGUUUGAUGUGUCUGGACUGAACAAAAGGGGACGAACACACUCCACCCCAGCCAGGGAGGUGCGCAGUGUUGCUCUGAGUCCUAUCAAGUCCUCCACAAGAGAGGACUACUCCAGAUCUCGCUCACUGUCCCCAGUCAGGAAAGUGAAGGAGGGUCCUGCCCCAAGACAGGGAGAUCUCAGACACAGACUGGUGCAGACUGAAAGAAAACUGGAUGAUACAAAGAACAUGUUGAGACUCAAGAACCGAGAACUGGAGGAGCUAAAGAAAGCCCAUGCUAAGCGCCUGGAUCGACUGAAGAGUGCCCAGACUGAUUACAAGAUCUUGAAAGACCAGCUUAAGCUAUACGAGGAUGAAAACAGCAAUAAGAUGGAGAGAGGAAGAAAGAAAAAGAGGGCAGAUCCUAGAGAACUCCGGCAAGAGAACAGCGACAAAGUCUGGAAUGAACUUGCUGUGUACAAGGCUGAGAAUCGGAACUUAGUUGUAGAAAAAAUGUCAUUGGAGGAGGAAAUUGACAUGUUAAAAGUGCAGGCCAGUCAGGACGCUGCCACGCUACACGAGCUUAAGGUGGCUGUGGAACAGGAGAGGGAAAACAGACAGUAUGACAAGAAGAAAACUGAAUACCAAACCCAGGAGAAAUCUGACCUUCAGGCAGAGCUGACCCUGACCAAGUCAGAGGUCCAAUCAAAAUCCAUACGCCUGGAUAAAGUAGAACGGGAACUGAGAGAGACUCGGUCUGAAAAGGAAGUUCUUCAGGAAGAGAGAAGGAAUCUCAAGUCUGAAAUAUUGGAAAUGAAACAAGCAAAUUCAAAACACCGAAUGGAGACAGCAAAUUUGAAACGAGACAUUAACAGAUUGGAGAGAGAAUUGGAGGAGGAAAAGCUAGCCAAACAAUUCCAGGCAGUAAAAGAGAAGAUGUACACCAAACCUGUGAGACCUACUGCUAGAUCACGGCGACUGGAGUCCAGAAACAAUAACCGGGCAGCGAAACGGAUAACUCUUCAAAAAAGUCUCAAGUGCAAAAAGUAUCAGAAAGCUCUCAACCGGAGUAUAGAGAAGAUGAGGUCGGUUUUCCACGACUUUGAGGAUGAAGGAUGGGAAGAAUUACCAGAAUCGGAGGAAAUAGAAGAAGAAACAGAGAGUGAUUCUUUGGGUCAGGCUAUCGUGGACAUGUCUCAGUCACAGACUCCGCCCCCUAGCGACGAGAGUAUGGAUAACAGACACACAAUUAAACAAAACCUUAGGCCCCUUAGUUUUAAGAUGUCAUCUGUACGAAAUAGACGAGGUGGAAUCAGAAAUGUUCACAGUCGUAAUCGUGGUGUUUCACGACUGCACAAGGCCAAAAUGGAUGACGGCAUUAAACGAGCCAUGCAAAAAGAAGUAGGAACUUCUUCAUCAAAACCAGCUGUCCAAGAUUUCUCUCCAUCUCCCAAAAUCCAGGAGCAGCGAGCUUAUGAACAGAGAGUUCAAGCAAGCAACCACCUUGCUCGACAAGCUAAGCAGCUUAAACAGCGCGUAGGGUACCUGACACAACAAGUGGGGUCCCUAUCAUUUACAAUCACGACUUUGAGGGACUCCCGAGCGACAGCCGUGAAGGCUUUAGAGCAACAGAAAGAAGUAAACCAGCAACAGCAGGCUGACCUAAAUCUAGCCAAUCAGAGACUCCGAAUGGCCAAGCAGAAUAUGCAGAAAUUGACAACAGACAUGGACAAGGUUUUACAGGAGAAGGCUUCUCUGGAGGCCCAGGUGGUGGAGGAAAAUCGACACACAACUGCCACAGAUAAACACACAGAACAAGACUGGAAGAUUCUAGAGUCCAGGCUGAAGGCUUCUUCCAAUGAGCUAUGUAGACAGUCAAAUCAAGUGAGGCAGUUGAAACAAGAAAACGAACAACAGCAUGAACAGGUCCGCAGUCUGCAAGAAAGAAUGAGUCGCCUAGAAAGAGACAACAAUCAGAAGAGGACGUUGUUAGAAGACCAGAGAGUCAAGUUAAAGCUAGCCCAGACAAAUGCCAAGUCAGAGCAAAGUGCAAAUGAGGAAAUGGAGACAAGAAUUAAACUGGUUCAAGACACGUGUGAUAGACUCAAGAUACAGGUGGAGUCCUACAAGAAACGGUUGUCAGCAGUAACCAGAGAGAAGAGAGAAUAUGAGGAGAGAUUCCUGAAGAUCAACAAUGAACUCGAGAAAAAGAACAAGCAUUUUGUGGAGAGUCAGACUCGGAGGAUGGAGUUGGAGUCAGCUGUAGGAGAACUGGAAAAAACAGCCCAGCAACAACUUCGUGGACUGGCCUCACAGAGCGAGGUAGCUAUAGAGGCAGCGCAGAGGAAGCUGAGUGAGGCAUACUACACCAUAGAGCAAUACCAGCAAUUUGUCAAGUGCUUGGGACAAGAGUUCAUCAAGCGAUUAAAUCAGUCUCGAUUCCACCUUAAGGAGACCCUUAGUCACAGAGAGAAGGACAUCAGGCAGAGCCAGGCAAAUGCUUCACUGCAAAAGGCUCAGGCUAUGGCUAAAGAUAUACUGAAUUUAAGCCAAUCAGAUCUUGAGGAAAUCAUGAGUGCUGAUGGCGAAUCAGAUAGAAUGGAGGAGGACAUCAGCACAGAUAAGAGGAGAGACAAGCGUUGGAGCAAGAAGUGUGAAAAAUUACUGAAUUCAAAGGAGGACUUUGCAAAUCCUCUAGUUGACUUGUUUGUCCAGAAAAUGGAGGAAAUGUGUGAACUGACAUCUAAACUUCAGGCAGCUUGAUAUUCUUCUGCAGGGUUGUAGAGAGUUGUGAUAUUAGGGGUCAACAGAGUGAUCAUUGUCAUAAAAGUGCUGUCUCCGACUUUGUACCGUUUACUGUGAUAUUGAUGUUAGUGCAUUUACUGUGUCUCAUGAGAUAGAUGGAAAGGGGGGAUAACCUUUGUAUGUGUGACAAGGGUAGAUUACUUGUUUAUGUGUGACAGGGGUAGAUAAUUUGUGUGUAGGUGACAGGGGCAGAUAACCUGUUUAUGUGUGACAGAGGCAGAUAACUGUGGAUGUGUGACAGGGACAGAUAAUCUGUGGAUGUGUGACAAGGGCAGAGAAUUGUGUAAUUUUGACAGGGGCAGAUAACCUGUGUAUGGAUGGCAGAGGCAGAUAUCUGUGUAUUUGUUACAAGGGUAGAUAAUUUGUGUAUGUUUGACAAGGAUGUCAGUAAUCUGUAGUACUAUUAAAACAACCAGCAUUGUGUUAUUUCCCCCGCUGACUUCAGAAUCAGUUCAGUGAUAGAUUAUGGUAUAUGGGUCUGUUCCUGCAGAUGUAGACUUUUUGCUGGAUACAUGGGUAGAGUGAUAAAAAGUUCACAACCAAUACUAUUCCGUCCAGUUUUGUACUGUAGCAUUUUCAUUUUACUUGCAUUUGGAAAAUCUGGAAAGUAGCAGAACUUGGAUCUACAAAUAAACCAUUUCUGACGAAAUAUAUUGAAUAAAUAACUAAUAUUUAUUUCUAUCUACCACGGUAGUUCUCUAUCUAGAUUAUAUUGCAUUAAAAUACUAUAAAAUUAUU